AUGCAGAGAUUGAGGUUCUAUGGGAAGAUCUCCAUCUCUUCCUUCUCCAAGGAGAAGCAGCAGGUGUCCCCAGCUGGGCAGUAUCAGGUGAAGGCCCAACUUGCACAGUGUCUGAAGAACAUCUUGGGAUCAACGUGGGAGUGUUUUCUGCGCCAGGUGACGCUGCGCCGGAGCAAAGCCCACGAGGGUUUGGGCUUCAGCAUCCGCGGCGGAGCCGAGCACGGAGUCGGGAUCUACGUGUCCCUGGUGGAGCCCGGCUCCUUGGCCGAACGGGAGGGGCUGCGCGUCGGGGAUCAGAUCCUGGGGGUGAACGGCAAGCCGCUGGACAGAGUGACCCACGCCGAGGCCGUCAAGGUUCUGAAAGGCUGUAAGAAGCUGAACCUGUCCGUCCAUUCGGUGGGACGCAUCCCGGGGGGCUACGUCACCAACCACAUCUACACCUGGGUGGACCCGCAGGGCCGCAGCGUGUCCCCGCCGACGGGGCUGCCUCACCAUCAGAACAGCUCGCUGCGCAAGGACGGCGAGAAGAGGAGCCACCUCCAGCUCCUGCAGGAGGGAGAUGAGAAAAAGGUGAACCUGGUCCUGAACGAGGGGAAGUCCCUGGGGCUCAUGAUCCGAGGAGGGGCAGAGUAUUCCUUGGGCAUCUACAUCACCGGUGUGGACAAGGGCUCUGAAGCUGAGAGCACUGGCUUGAAGGUAGGAGACCAGAUCCUGGAGGUAAAUGGCAGGAGCUUCCUCAGCAUCCCCCACGACGAGGCAGUGAAGCUGCUCAAGUCCUCCCGUCACCUCAUCAUGACAGUGAAGGACAUUGGGAGGCUGCCCCAUGCCCGCACCACUGUGGAUGAGACCAGGUGGAUUGCGAGCUCCCAGAUUGGAGAAACCCUCGUCAGUUCCACGGGAGUGGUGGGCGAUCAUGCUGCGGAGGCAACAGCCAGGCCCGUGUUCUACCGGGGCCUGGCUGGCUCGCAGGUGACACUGAGCAGCAUGGUGAACCAGACCCGCGUCAUGCUGGAGGAGCAGGCGAGGCACCUGCUGAACGAACAGGAACGGGCCACCAUGGGCUACUACCUGGACGAGUAUAAGGAAGGCCAUAUCUCUGUGGAUGCUCUGGUCAUGGCACUCUUUGAGCUGCUCAACACGCACGCGAAGUUCUCACUGCUCUCGGAGGUGAGGGGUGUGAUCUCCCCACAAGACCUCGAUCGCUUCGACAACCUGGUGCUGAAGAGAGAGAUUGAGUCCAUGAAAGCCCGGCAGCCUGCAGGACCCGGCGUUGGCACUGACUCCUACUCCAUGAUGUCCUACAGUGACACCAUCUCUUCCUCCAGCAGCCACUUCACCUCCACGACCGUCAGCUCAGCCCGGGAGCGGCUCUUGUGGCUAAUAGACCUGAUGGAGAACACAUCAGAAUUGGAGGGAGGUGAAGACUGCCAGCAGAGCAGCAUCAACACCCUGCCAGACAUCUCUCUGGAUGACCUCUCGUCCUUCCCAGAAGAACCCCCCAAUUUCAAGCCUCCCCCUCCUCCCACAGCCCCCCAGAUGCUGGACCCCUCCGCUGCCCAGCACAGGAACCCGGGGAAGGACAAACCCAAGCGCCCUUCCUCCGAGUCCUCCCAGUCAGGCCUCUUCUUUGUGGCCCCCCGAAACCCCACACCCCCUCCGAGCCACUCUGAGAAGGACACCAUCAGUGUGGCCUCCACUGCCACCACCUCCACCGAGGAAUCCUCCUCCAGCGCCAUCUACGCCACCAUUUCCCCAGCCCCGCGUGGCUCCCGACGGCAAAUGGACCCCCAGCUCUCCCUGCUCAGCCAUCCCCCCAUCGGCCCCUUCCCCAGAGUGCAGUCCCCCACCAGGCUGACCAGCCCUCCUACAGAUGGCCCUGCAGCUGCCGGCUGCCAAAGCCCUGCAUCCCCAUCCCCACCUCCACCCCCAGCCCACCCCGCUCCCCCUCCUCCUAGCCCGCAGGCCAACCAGCACUUCAUCAUGGUGGAGGUGCACCAACCCAACAGCGAGCCCGAUGUCAACGAAGUGAGGCCCUUGCCCCAGGCUCGAGCCUCCACGCUCUCCCAGCUGUCAGACAGCGGGCAGACCCUCAGCGAGGACAGCGGGGUGGACAUCGGCGAGGUGGAGGUCAGCGGCAAGGAUAAGAGCAGGCAGCCGGUCCCUGGGAAAAGCAGAAGCCUCAAGGAGGGCACAAGGAGUGAGGGGACAGCAGAAGGAGCCUCCAAACCGCCAGGGCUCCUGGAACCCACCUCGUGUCUGAUCCGGGUGUCCAAGAGCGCGCCGACUUUGGGAAUCGCCAUCGAGGGCGGAGCGAACACACGGCAGCCACUGCCCCGCAUCGUCACCAUACAGGUAGGGGGAGCUGGGGAUGGGGAGAGCUCAGCACACGUCCCAGCCCUGUGCUCCCUGUUAGCUUGGGAAAGCCCCACAGUCACCUGCUGUCACCAGGCCAUCCGUGCGCUGCAGGACGAGGUUUGGCGGCUGCGCCUGCGGCUGGAGGAGAGCCUGCACCGGUCCCACAGCUACCCCGAGGGCAGAGCCCCUCACACCCCCAAGGGGAGGAGGCAGGCAGCAGCCAGCAGAGCUUCAUUCCUCCAGGAUGCAGCACCCGUGGGGUAG